GACGUCAGACGCCAUAUUGGAAUGAAUAACGAUGAUUUCACGUAUAUAUUUUCCCCAAACUUUACAGUUAUUGUGAUCCACGAAGCCAAGACAAUGAUGUAGAAACAUUCACUGCCUUCCCACGAAGGCUAUGGAGUACCGAAGUGUUGUAUAUAACGCCGCCAGGGACGGCAAGCUCAACAGACUUAAAAUAUUUCUCGACCAUAAGUCGAAAGAAGAGGUGGCAAAACUUGUCCAUGCUAAGACAAAUGGAGCUACUCCUCUGAUCAUGGCGUGUAGAAAUGGUCAUCUGGAUGUCGUGAAGUAUCUCAUCAAUACGUGUAAGGUUGACAACGAACAAGUGGGGUCUGUGACGUUCGAUGGGGAAACGAUCGAGGGUGCACCCCCUCUAUGGUGUGCUGCUGCGGCAGGCCAUCUCCAAAUUGUAGAACAUUUGGUGGAGAAAAAAGCAGGAGUUAACAAAACAACGUUUACAAACUCAACACCACUCAGGGCUGCUUGUUUCGAUGGUCAUUUUGAGAUAGUGAAAUUUCUGGUUGAGCAUAAAGCCAACAUCGAAAUCGCAAACAGACAUGGCCACACAUGCUUGAUGAUUUCCUGUUAUAAAGGGCACAAAGAAAUUGCUCAGUAUUUACUUGAAUUGGGUGCUGAUGUGAAUAGAAAGAGUGUGAAAGGUAAUACAGCUUUGCAUGACUGUGCCGAGUCUGGAAGUCUUGACAUCAUGAAAUUACUUCUCAAGUACAAUGCUACCAUGGAGAAGGAUGCCUAUGGGAUGACGCCUCUGCUAGCAGCGAGUGUGGCAGGGUUUUCAAAGAUUGUAGAGUUUUUGAUAACCAGGCCUAUAUGUGAUAAACAAGAAAAAAUAAAUGCAUUAGAACUGCUAGGAGCUACAUAUGUUGAUAAGAAGAGAGACAUGUUGGGUGCCAUAGAGUUUUGGAGACAAGCUAUGGAAGUUCGUUUCUCGGACACCAAUGCUCCGUUGCCAAAACCUAGAUUGAAAUUUGAUAUAGCAGCAUAUGAAAAUGCAAAAGAGGUUACGUCUUUAGAUCAAUUGGAUGAUCUGAUAUCAGAUCCAGAUGACAUGAGAAUGCAAGCUUUACUGGUACGUGAACGGAUAUUAGGUCCUGCCCACCCUGAUACUUCCUACUACAUCAGAUACAGAGGGGCCUUGUACGCAGAUAUGGGGAAUUUUGACCGGUGCAUAAUGUUGUGGAUGUAUGCUCUUGACAUGCAACAGAAUGUCUUGGAAGCUCUCAGUCCAAUGACACAGAGUAGUUUCUUGUCUUUUGCAGAACUUUUCUCAUUCAUGACCACCGAGUGGAGAAACAGACCAGCUCAUCCUGUCAGUUUUGUAGACAUCAUGGCUGUUCUGCUGCGUGCUGUCAAUGAACUAGAGAAGGGACGAGACCAGCUCAAUAAGGUCGCGGUCAGCGAGAGAGAUACAAGUCACUUCAACAGACUGCUGGUCAUUAUCAUGCAUCUUCUGUGUCUUAUGUGUAGAUUGAAGAAGGAAAUGGAUCGUGAAGAUGAACACAAAUUCAAGGAACUUGUAUACAGACUAGUACGUAUGGAACCCAGAGGCUCCAAAGGCUACACGCCUCUUCAUUUGGCCUGCUCAAGGGAGACAACCAAUGUUGGGCGAUACCCUGUGUGUUCUUUCCCUAGCUCCGACGUUUCACAGCUACUGAUUGAGGUUGGUGCAAAUGUGGAUGCUGUGGACGUGGAAAGAAACUCGCCAUUGCAUGUUGCUGCCAGUAAUCGGCCAUGUAAGUCCGAAGUGAUCCGCACCUUGUUGAGAAAAGGAGCGCAUCUGGAUGCCUGUAACCUGGACAGAAAGACACCUAUGCAGUUGAUACGCGGCAUGUCUAUAAAUGACAUAGUUUCGCCUCUCAAUUUCUUGACUUUACAAUGUUUAGCUGCUCGGAAGAUUGUGAAAUGUAGCAUACCUUACAAAGGACAUAUUCCCCUUAAGUUGGAGUCUUUCAUCGAGAUGCAUUGAUGAUGUGGAGUGUUGUUUAAGUUUAGUUAUGAAAAUAUAUAUAGAUAUAUAUUAUUUAUGCAUGUUUUAUGAAUGUUGAUGGUUGAUAACCAAUUUGGGAUUAUGUUUCACAAAAAAGGUACUGAGUUGCAUUGUCUCCAGUGCGGCGAGUGCUAUAAAGGACAUGCAACUAUAUAAGCUACACCUCCGGUCAAACGUAUAUAUAUAGUUAAUAUUUGAAAGCAGGAUUAUUUACAUGAAUGCAAUAUCAUAGUGCAAACAACUGAUUAAAUAUGGAAUCAUUACAUUUCACGCUUUUAUAUAAUUAAUAUAAGAAUCAAAUAAAAUGUUUGUUUAGAAAUGCCUUGUAUGUAAAUUAAUGACACAACUUAAAAUUAAUAAUAAUGUAGUAAUUGAUAUUUUGUUAAUUUACUGAUUAUGAAAACCUGAAAUUAUAACAUCUAUAUAGAUAAUUUUUUCAGAAUAAUUUGGGUUAAAUGAUUUUGGGCAUUUGAUAUGCAUUCUGUACUUACAAUUUGUCCAUGGAAAAUAUUUGAUAAUUUAAUAAAUUUGUUAUAUGUAAAGUACAUACAGGACAGUGUAUGCUGUAGGUGCCUCUUUUGUGAAGCAGUCCUUUAUUAUAUUGUGAAUGUUAAUUUUGAUUUGCUUGUUGGGAUAUCUUUUCAACUUUAAUUAAAGAGUGCAUGCACUUCAUGGAAACCAUAUCUUACUAACAGAAAAAACCUAUAGAUCUAAGUCAGAUUUAUGCUUAGUUUCAUGAUGUCAAGAGAUCUGUGAUUAUUGUUUGUUAAUGCAGAGAAGUUUGAUAAUUUAUAUAGCAAAUAUGAAAAGUGCAAAGACAGUUUUAAAUCUGAAAGUGAUUGCAUUAAUUCUCAAAAACUCUAUAAAUAUAUACCAGGGUAUUAGAAUGAAAUCAAACAACACAGCUGCCAUUUAGUCACAAUGCAGUAUACCUGUACCACCUUAUAAAAGGUGUUAGCAUGCUUGUUAAAGAUCAAUUUGAAGUCAUUACACAAACUAUUAUGCAUGUGAAUUUUUGAUAAGCAAUCAUGCUUAAAAUCCUUGUCCAUAUAUGAAUAUUUAUAUAUGCCUCUUAUAUAUAAUUAUUUCAUUAAGAUGCAGAUAGGAAAAUGUUGGUUUAAUAAUGGUGAACUUAUUAACAUAUUUGUAAUAUGAUUUUGAAACUUACUGAUAUCUAGACUAUACAUAUAGUGAUAUUAAUGAUCUUUAGAAAAAAACCUGAAAACUAGUAAUUAUUGGCAAAAUUACAAACUCAUUAAAGAUAUAGCUUUUUGUAUAGAACUGGAUAAUGAGUUGAAUAAAAGCUAAAAGUUGGUAUUCAAAUUUAAAUUGUACAUUUUUAUCUUGCAUUUAAAAAUUGAUACACAGCUGACAUGUUAAUAUACAAUGUACGUGUCUGGAUACUCCACACAUAUGUUAGGUAUAUAUUCACCAGUUAUAACCAAGUAGUUCUGUUGAGCUACAUGAUGGAUUGGGUGAUAAUAAAGCUUUGCACAAUUGUCUUCACAUGCAACUGCUUGGAUUAUACACUCCACCCUCUUGCUAAACAGAUUUUAAUAUUUCUAGGAUUAAUCCUAGUUUGGGUCCAGGUUUUAAAGGACAUGCUGAAGUUAUGAUAAACCUACCCUAGCGACUAACCAGAUCAAGAGAAUACGAGAUUCACACAAACAUGUUUUGUAGAUUUGCACAGAAUGCUUGAUUAUUGUAUAAUAAUGACACAUUUAAGUUUACAUAUAUAUACACAUUUUGAUGUACAUCAAAAUGUGUGUAUGUAUGUAUUUGUUUUUUGAUAUAAUUAUGAGCUGAAUUACAACUGUUUGCACACAUACAUACCAAAUACAGAUGUCUGUUCCCUUA